AUGCACCAAGGAUCUGGCGCCAACAACACCGGUGCACCGGAGACCGCGGAGCUGCCCCAGGCCGGAGGCGGAACACCGGAGACCGCGGAGCUGCCCCAGGCCGGAGGCGGAACACCGGAGACCGCGGAGCUGCCCCAGGCCGGAGGCGGAACACCGGAGACCGCGGAGCUGCCCCAGGCCGGAGGCGGAACACCGGAGACCGCGGAGCUGCCCCAGGCCGGAGGCGGAACACCGGAGACCGCGGAGCUGCCCCAGGCCGGAGGCGGAACACCGGAGACCGCGGAGCUGCCUCAGGCCGGAGGCGGAACACCGGAGACCGCGGAGCUGCCCCAGGCCGGAGGCGGAACACCGGAGACCGCGGAGCUGCCCCAGGCCGGAGGCGGAACACCGGAGACCGCGGAUCUGCCCCAGGCCGGAGGCGGAACACCGGAGACCGCGGAGCUGCCCCAGGCCGGCGCACCUGAGACCGCCGUGCUGCCCCAGGCCGGUGGUCUCAUUGUCGACGAGCGCGGAGAAGAGCGCUGUAGUACCUGCCAGGCUCCAGCUGCUGCAGAGGUGGUGAUGGAGGAGCUGGAGCACCGGGUUGACGAACUCGAACUUCAGCUGGCUGCAACCAAGAAGAGGACGCAGGAAGAGGACACCAACAUGCUGAAAGUCCUAACCGUUUCACAGCUUCGAGCUCUGAAGACGGGCAAGCGUCCAAAGACCUGGGACGACGACAGCCUGACCAAGGCAUUGGGGAUGCGGGCUAGCAUGUCGGUGAAGCUGUACAACUACCUUCGACUCAAAAUGAGGUUGGUGUAUUUUAAUGACAAAAUAGGGAUAACCUUAUGCUCAAAUCAAAUAGGUCUUGCAACAGUCUCCAACAGUCAGGCACGGUAACGCGAUUUUCGUUGUUUUCGCUUAAAAACUUUUACCACAGUCACGAUUCAAACUUUGUCUGGUUUCAUAUAGUUACAGUACAGCCCAAUGCUACGAUAGCUUGCAGGACGUGGGGGCCGUUGUCGUGUUAGAUUCAACUUAUUUAAUUAUUAUUUCAUAAAAGCAUAAACAAUACACAAUACAAAAAAAUCAACAAAUUUUACAGAUGAAUCAUCCACUAGCUAAGCUACUAGCUUCAAGAACGGUUUACCUAAAUGAAGAUACCCAACAAAACGUAAUUUCCUAUUGACAUAAUAUGGCGGCCGCAAUCCUUGGUCGCAAUCACCUCUUUUUGUAGUUCAAAUGGUAAGUCAUUUUUGAAAUUAUCCGAUAAAAAUCUAAAAUUGAUACCAUAUUAAAGACCAAUCAAUUCUACACAUGAAUCAGGGUGAAUCUUUGAGAAAAACUUGAAAGUUUAGGUGUGAUAAGAAAAACAAAUAAAAAUGAACCAUUUUCCCAUAGACUUUACAUUGGCUCCAAAAUCGCAUGGAUCCAGAAUUUCUGGAAGUGCCCUCGCCACAACUGCACGUGCGCUGCGCUCGAAAAUGAUCACGUGACCAAAUCCAGAUGAGAUCACCGUAUUUGUCACCGUUACAAAGAGGAAAUCGAAACAGCAGAACAGAACGAUGCUCAAGGACAACUGAGAGAACAUAUGGAUAUGAUAGCGAGAAUGCCUCAAAAUGAGAUAAGACGAAUGGAGAGCAGUCUUUUUGAUAUAGAGGAGCUGAAAAGUACUCUGAAAAGAUUGAAAGGAAGAACAGCAGCCGGCCCAGAUGGGCUAAAGCCAGAAAUGUAUAAGGUUAUACUGAAAAGUGACAAAUGUCUAAGAACACUGCACAAAUGCAUGAACAAGAGCCUGAAUGAAAAGAAUGUCCCACGAGAAUGGAAGAAAUCAAGAACAAGAAUGUUGCCAAAGAAGAAGAAGCCUGUUGCAAAGGAUCUUAGACCAAUAGCACUAACAAACGUAUCAUACAAACUAUUUAUGAGCAUGAUCAAAGAUAAGAUAGAAAAGCAUCUGCUAGAGAAUAAUGAAAUGAAAGAAACACAAGCAGGAUUCACUCCAGGAGGAAGAGUUGAAGACAACUUGCUCAUUGUGCAAUAUUGCGUGGAAGAAAGCUUCAAAAGCAAAAAGCCACUCAUCUUGAUAUCAAUAGACUACAAGAAAGCAUACGAUUCUAUUCGAAGAGAUGUACUUGUUGACAAUAUGAAGAAAUAUAAGAUAGACCCAUUAGUGAUUGAUACUAUUGCUGAAAUUUACAAUGGGGAUGAAACAGUGGUGGAACUGAAUGAAGCAGUAAAACAAACUAUUGAAGUGACAAGUGGAAUAAGACAAGGUUGUACUGGUUCGACAACACUUUUUAAGUUGGUGACAUACAUCAUAACAACAGAAAUAGAGAAGAAAGGGAGAGGUUUUAUAAAUGAUAUAUUUAAUAUACAUGUGCUUUUCUAUGCUGACGAUGGAC